AUGGAAGACGAGAUGUGGGCUGUUUCCUCUUCUGGCUCUUCGAGAAGCUAUCGAUCAGCAACAACAGCUGCUAAAUAUCAAUCUGGUUCUUAUCUAGAUUCGGGAGAUUAUGAAGAAGAAGAAUAUGAUGAUGAUGAUGAUGCUGAAGUGGAGGAUUAUCCAUGUCCGUUUUGCUCCGAUGAUUAUGAUUUAGUAGAGUUGUGUCACCAUAUCGAUGAAGAACAUCAGCUUGAAGCUACCCAUGGGGUAUGUCCGGUUUGUAGCAAAAGGGUGAAGAUGCACAUGGUGGAUCAUAUAACCACAUAUCAUAGAGAUGUCUUGAAGAUAUCCUUUUUUCAUUUACAAACAUCUCUUUAA